UCCUGCUGCUGCUGCUGCCGCCGGCCUGGGCGGGGUUUGGCCCCGGCACCGGGCGAUGCCGGAGCCGGUGUGAGCGGCACCGGCGCUGCAGCCGGCGGCCCCCCCUGGCCCCCACCCCGGGGGGGUGCCCGGGCCCAGCCAUGCCCGCCGGCAGCAACGAGCCCGAUGGCAUCCUCAGCUACCAGAGACACGACGAGGAGGCCGUGAUUGACCAGGGCAGGACGAGCAACGUGGUCAACAUCCACUAUGAGAAGGAGGAGCUGGAAGGCCACCGGACCCUGUACGUGGGCGUGCGGAUGCCGCUGGUGCGCCAGGGCCACCGGCACCACCGCGCCCACAGCCAGAAGCACCGGAAGCGGGAGCGGGAGAAGGAGCCGGUGCCCGCUGAGCAGGGAUACCACUACACCCCAUCCCAGCGGGUGCAGUUCAUCCUGGGCACGGAGGAGGACGAGCAGCACGUCCCCCAUGACUUGUUCACGGAACUGGAUGAGAUCUGUGUGAAGGAGGGCGAAGAUGCCGAGUGGAAGGAGACAGCCAGGUGGCUGAAGUUUGAGGAGGACGUGGAGGACGGGGGCGAGCGCUGGAGCAAACCCUACGUGGCCACGCUGUCCCUGCACAGCCUCUUCGAGCUGCGCAGCUGCAUCAUCAACGGGACCGUGCUGCUGGACGUGCGCGCCACCAGCGUCGAGGACAUCGCCGACCUGAUCCUGGCCCAGCAGGAGCCGUCGCCGGAGUUCGACGAGCGCACGCGGGCCAAGGUGCGGGAGGUGCUGCUGAAGAAGCACCACCACCAGAACGAGAGGAAAAGGAACAACCUCCUGCCCAUCGUGCGCUCCUUUGCUGAUGUCAGCAAGAAACAGGACCUGCACCUGCUUGAGAAGCCAGCCCAAACCCUCACCCCUCACCCUUCUCCCACCACUGCAGAAGCUAAAAAUGGGGUGACCCCUGAGACCAGUGCCAUGGACCUGAGCAAGGCGGAGCUACACUUCAUGAAGAAGAUCCCCAGUGGAGCAGAGGCGUCCAACGUGCUGGUGGGAGAGCUGGAUUUCCUCCACCAGCCCCUCGUGGCCUUUGUCCGCCUGACCCCGGCUGUGCUCCUGUCGGGAAUGACAGAAGUUCCCAUCCCAACAAGGUUCCUGUUUGUUCUGCUGGGGCCAGGAGGAAAAGCCCAUCAGUACCACGAGAUCGGCAGGUCCAUGGCCACCACCAUGACGGAUGAGGUUUUCCACGAUGUUGCCUACAAAGCCAAGGACCGGGCUGACCUCGUGGCUGGCAUCGACGAGUUCCUGGAUCAGGUCACGGUGUUGCCACCAGGAGAGUGGGACCCAUCCAUCCGAAUCGAGCCCCCCAAAAACGUCCCCUCCCAGGAAAAGAGGAAGAUGCCAGGAGCUCUGGAUGAGAGUUCUUCCCACAGCAAACCAGAGAAACACAGCGGUCCUGAACUGGAGCGGACUGGGAGGCUCUUUGGAGGUCUGGUGCUGGACGUGAAGCGCAAGGCGCCGUGGUUCUGGAGUGACUUCAGGGACGGUCUGAGCCUGCAGUGCCUGGCGUCCUUCCUGUUCCUUUACUGUGCCUGCAUGUCCCCCGUCAUCACCUUCGGGGGACUGCUGGGGGAGGCAACCCACGGCCACAUUAGUGCCAUGGAGUCACUGCUGGGAGCAUCCAUGACGGGCGUGGUUUAUUCUCUCUUUGCUGGCCAACCCCUCACCAUCCUCGGCAGCACUGGACCUGUCCUGGUCUUUGAGAAGAUUCUCUACAAAUUCUGCAAGGAAUACACGCUCUCCUAUCUGUCCCUGCGGACGUGCAUCGGGCUCUGGACCGCGUUCUUCUGCGUGGUGCUGGUGGCCACGGACGCCAGCUGCCUGGUGUGCUACAUCACCCGCUUCACCGAGGAGGCCUUCGCCUCCCUCAUCUGCAUCAUCUUCAUCUACGAGGCCCUGGAGAAGCUGAGCCACCUGCGGGAGACCUUCCCCGUGCACAUGCACAGCAAGCUGGACCUCCUCACUAUCUAUUACUGUAAGUGUGAGCCCCCAGCUCAUCCCAGCAACGAGACCCUGCGGUUCUGGCGGAGCAACGGGAUCUCUGUGUCGGGAAUCACCUGGGGAAACCUCACCGUGACCGAAUGUCGCUCUUUGCAUGGGGAGUUCCAUGGACCUGCCUGUGGACACAAUGGCCCCUACGCGCCCAAUGUCCUCUUCUGGUGCUGCAUCCUCUUCUUCUCCACCUUUGUCCUGUCGAGUUUGUUGAAGAAGUUUAAAACCAGCCGUUACUUCCCAACCAGAGUCCGAUCCACAGUGAGUGACUUUGCUGUGUUCCUCACCAUUGUCAUCAUGGUGCUCAUCGACCUCGGGAUCGGGAUCCCGUCCCCCAAGCUCCAAGUCCCCCACGUGUUCAAGCCCACCAGGGACGACCGUGGGUGGCUCAUCAGCCCCAUUGGGCCCAACCCGUGGUGGACAGUGUUGGCCGCGCUCAUCCCGGCCCUGCUCUGCACCAUCCUCAUCUUCAUGGACCAGCAGAUCACGGCCGUCAUCGUCAACAGGAAGGAGCACAGGCUUAAGAAAGGCUGUGGGUACCACCUGGACCUGUUCAUGGUGGCCGUGAUGCUGGGGGUGUGCUCGGUGAUGGGGCUGCCCUGGUUCGUGGCCGCCACGGUCCUGUCCAUCACCCACGUCAACAGCCUCAAGGUGGAGUCCGACUGCUCCGCGCCAGGCGAGCAGCCCAAGUUCUUGGGGAUCCGGGAGCAGAGGGUCACUGGCCUGAUGAUCUUCGUGCUCAUGGGCUGCUCCGUUUUCUUCACCUCUGUGCUCAAGUUUAUCCCAAUGCCAGUGCUUUACGGGGUCUUUCUGUACAUGGGGGUCUCGUCACUCCGAGGAAUCCAGUUCUUCGACCGCCUGAAGCUGUUCUGGAUGCCGGCCAAGCACCAGCCCGACUUCAUCUACCUGCGGCAUGUGCCCCUGCGCAAGGUGCACCUCUUCACCCUCAUCCAGCUGCUCUGCCUCGUGCUGCUCUGGGCCAUCAAAGCUUCCCGCGCUGCCAUCAUCUUCCCCAUGAUGGUUUUGGCUCUCGUUUUUGUCCGGAAAGUGAUGGAUUUCUGCUUCUCCAAGCGGGAGCUCAGCUUCCUGGAUGACCUCAUGCCAGAAAGCAAGAAGAAGAAGUUGGACGAUGCCAAAAAUGAAGCCAAAGAAGAGGAGGAGUCCCAGAAAAUGAUGGAAGCAGCUGCUGCGAAUUCUGUUCAGCUGAAGCUGGGCAAGACCAGCAGGGUGGACACCCCAAAGCCCAGCAGUGACAGGGCUGAUCCUUCCGAGAUCAACAUUUCGGACGAGAUGUCCAAGACCACGGUGUGGAAGGCUCUGACCAUGAACACAGAAACGCUCUGAAGCCGGGAGGAAGGAGGCGCCUCGACGCUGCCGUCGAGGAGCAGGAAAGUGACUCAGGGAUGUGUCAAGGCAGACACGGAGGAGCGGCUCGUUUCCCAGCCGAGGGGUCCCAUAAAGCCAUGCAGAGUUUCCCGUUCCCCGGGCUGCUGCGUCCCGGGGAUCCGUGUUGUCCAGCCUCGUGUGUCCUCGUGUGUGUGUUGUGCAGUGGUGGAGGCUCCGCUACCGCUUCCCAUCAGUUCUAUUUUUUUAAUCUCGAAUUCCUCCUCUCCUUCCUUUCUUUUCUUUUCUUUUUUUUUUUUUCUUUUCCAAAUAUAAACUCUGAAUGUACAAAA